AUGAUUGAAAAAGUUGACGUUCUCAUCUGCGGCAGUGGAAGCGCAGGUCUCUGUGCUGCAACCUGGCUCGCUCGCCAUGGAAUCCGCUGCAAGAUUCUAGAGCGGCGUGACUGUCCUUUAGCCCUGGGCCAAGCAGAUGGUGUACAAUGUCGUACCGUUGAAAUAUUCGACAGUUUUGAUAUCGGUGACGAGCUCUUACGUGAGGCCUACCAUGUCCUCGAGGUCGCAUUUUGGGCAGAGCAAGAUGCCAAGGGAAAUGUCAUCAAGCGAAUGGGUAGGACAGCAGAUACCCAACCGGGACUGUCGCAUCAGCCCCAUGUCAUCUUGAACCAGGCUCGUAUCAACAAUCUCUUGAUUGAGGCAAUGCGUCGGUUCAACAACCAAGAUAUCGACUACGGUUAUGACAUCAAGCACCUCGAGGUAGACAGCGAGCAGGCCAAGGAUCCUCUGGCUUAUCCUGUUAAGGUAAUCGCUAGGAAGAAUGGUCAAUUGGUAGAGUUUGAAGCUAAGUACGCGUUGGCUUGCGAUGGCGCCCACAGUAUAGUCCGUCGCGCUUUAGACUUCAACAUGCUGGGUGACAGCAGUGAUGCGGUUUGGGGCGUCAUGGACAUGGUGCCUCGAACAGAUUUCCCGGAUAUUAGGAAAAAGGCGACUAUCCGGUCAGGGGCAGGAAAUUUGCUAAUCAUUCCUCGGGAAGGUGAUGCCUACAACCUGGUUCGAUUUUAUAUCGAACUCCCGAGAGGAACAAAGCCAGGACGUGUUAAGCUCGAAGAUCUACAAAGUACUGCUAAGCAUAUCCUUGGGCAGUUCAAGGUAGAGUUUGUGGAGACUGUGUGGUGGUCUGCCUAUUCUAUCGGACAGCGUCAUGCCGAUAAUUUCCACAAACAUCAUCGUGUUUUUCUCGCUGGUGAUGCUUGCCACACGCAUUCACCUAAAGCUGGCCAGGGUAUGAACGUUAGCCUGCAGGAUGGCUAUAACAUUGGCUGGAAGUUAGCGUCUGUCCUGAAAGGCUUAUCGACACCAUCAUUACUGGAAACCUACGUUCUAGAGCGGAAAAAAACAGCCAUUGAUCUUAUUGAAUUUGAUCGCUACUUUUCUAAACUGUUUUCUUCAACAGAAAAAACAUCACCUGAGGACUUUCAGAAGGGGUUUAUUCAGUCUGGAAAGUAUACUGCCGGUCUGACUGCGAAAUACGACUUGUCACCUAUUACUUCUACUAUGGAUGAGACAGCACAGCUCGCCACUAACGUGAUCGUUGGAAUGAGAUUACCUAGCUCUCAGGUUGUGCGAUACUGUGAUUCGAAGCCAGUGCAACUUAUGGACUCUCUCAAGUCAGACGGCCGCUGGCGGGUGAUAACUUUCGUGGGUGACUUGCAGCUGGCCCAGAAUAAAACGAAGUUAGCAAACAUCGACAAGUAUUGGAGUUCUAGCAAAAGUCCAAGCCAUCGAUUCACCCCCUCGGGUGAUGAUGUUGACAGUUUGAUUGAACUGAUCUUAGUGGCAUAUGGAAAUCGCCAUUCCAUAGAGCCGGAUGACAUUCCUUUAUCUUUCUCUCCCUUAUCAGGGAAGCAUAAGACCCGGGAUCUUCAUAAGAUACUCUUCGAUGAUGAAAGUUAUGACAAGGCUCAUGGUCACCUGUACGAAUACCUUGGCAUCAGUCCUCAGAAAGGAACCUUCAUUAUCGUCCGCCCUGAUCAGUAUGUCUCCGCUGUUCUACCUGUAGAAAGGUUCGAACAGAUUGGAACCUUUUUUGACGGGGUUCUAAUUGCUUCCCACAAAGACCAAGCCAGAUUGUAA